GCAAAUACCCUCACUCGUCCGCCAGACCUCUUCAGAUAACCCAACCCAUUCAAAAGGCCGUCAUGUUUUCAAGAAAACGCCGCGUCAAGUGGCCGAUCUAAUUUUAAACCCCGUGUGCGUAAAACAAACUGAAUCUGUCAGUUGCGACCAAGUGAUCGCCAGUGAAUCGCAAAACCACCCAAUGCCCAUCCGGAGCGAUGUUCAGCUUCUUUAGGCGGUCCAAGAAGGACAAAGAGCGCGCGACGCCAGAAAUGUGUAAAAAUACGAGCGACGCCGUCGCUCCGACGCCGCCGGAACCCGAAAUUGUUUCGAAUGCAGUGUCCAGUGAAGUGACAGCCGACGAAAAAAACGAACCGAACGACAGCAUGUGCGAGAGAGCGUGCCCCAGUGCCCCCAUCGGGACCAUUUCUUACGCGGCCGUGCUGAAGCAGCCGGAGGCGCGCGGGGGCAGCGUCAAGCCGUGCGGCCACGGCACCACGGGCGUCGCGCCCCGGCCCCCGGUGCGCUACACCAGGAGCAGCACGGGCACGCCCCCCUCGAGCCCCAAGCUGGACCUGAAGAAGGUGGCCCGAAACGCGGAGAGGCAAAUCGCCAGCGAGCCUCCGAGUCCCAAGGGGGAGAAGAUGGCGAAGCUGCUGAGGCAGAACUCGGGCGAGCAAAAGCAGAAGGAGGCGCUGACUCAGAAAGGGAAGAAGACCGCGAAGAACUUGGAGAGGCAAAGCUCGAAAGAAGAGGCUUCGAGUGACCACCCCUCCGGGUUGAGGCUAGGCGCCGCCGACACGCUGGUGGAGAGCAUUUCCAACGCUGCUCCUCUGGUGAAUGGAAUCGACGACGAAAAGAAGAACCUAAUAAAUCAAGAGGCAAAAUUUCAAAGUCAGUUGAACGAUUUAUCCAAGCAGCUGUCGAUCCGGGAUGCAGAAGCCACCAAACUACGCUUCCAGAUGGAAGAACUCCAAAGAGACGUCUUCGCGAAGUCCGCCGGAAUGGAUCGACUGGAAGGUGAGCUGCAAGCGGCGCACAAGGAAUGCGAGCUUCUGCGCCAAAAAAUACGCCACUUAGAAAACGAUCUCGAAGAUUACAAAAAGAAAAACACAGACUUAACCGCGGAAGUUACAGAAAAAUCAGGAAGUCUCACAAAUUACGAGAGAGAAACCAGUGCGAAAAUCGCGGAACUUGAAGGGGUGAUUAAAAAUCUCGAAACGAAGAUUGAAAGUCUAGAAGCGGAAUUGGAGACGCUAAAGCAGGAUAAAGUGAAACUGGAAGAACAGCGCACGAUGAUUUUGGCAGAACGUGACGCGGAGAAGAAAAAAGUUGAAGAGAUUUUGGAACAAGCUACAACCCAAAAGCAGGAAAUCGAGAAAAAGUGGAAACAAGACUUUGAAAAAUUGCGCACUAUUAACAUUAUCAAGGAGCAGCAACUUCUCGAUGACUUUGAAUGGAAACUGAGAGAAGUCCAACAGACGUGCAAGAAGCGCCUAGAGGAUAAAGAUCGUACCAUAGAAGAACGUCUGCAAGAUGCGUACAGAGAAGCGGAAAAGAAAAUGAAAGAAGCUGAAAAGAUGAUGGAGCAAGUGGAAGCUAUAAAAUCGUACGAAAUUGAAAUAGAGAAGCUCCGAGGAUUGACUGUGGAUCAAGAAAGCGCCAUCAAAGAGAUGAUAGAGCAACAAGAGCAGAUGAAACAAGCCGAAAGUAACUUAAGGACUGAGACUAAAAGACUAAGAAACUUAAUAGAAAUGGAGAAAGAGAAUCUCCAACACAUGCAACUGAAACACCAUCAAGAAAUUUUGGAUAAAGAGAGAACUUUGCAGCAAACUCUUCACCAAAAAAGGACUGAAAUCGCCAUGUACUGGGAAGAAAGACUGUUAAGAGAAUGUGGUCGACUGAAAACGGAACUCGAACAGAUUCAUAACGAAGAAAAACACUACGCUAUGGAGACUGUAAGGAGAAAUAAAGACGAAGAGUUCCAAAUGGCACAAGCCGACUGGGAUAAAAAAAUGAAAGAGUGUUUGAAAGAGAUAGCAAGUUUAAAACGAGCCCUAGUCCAAAAGGACGAAUAUUACCGCGGAGAGAUGAUAAGGGCUCAAACCAACACCGAUCGUGAAAUCAUGGAACUAAGGCGUUUGAUGGACAAAAUAGACAUGUGUCAUCACAACCGUUUUGAAAAAGUGGUUCAAGAACACGAAGCUGAACUAGAGCGGAUUAGCGCAGAAACUGAAAAGAAAAUCAAAGAAAUCGAAGACAAUUGGCAGACUCAAGUCACUUCACUCAGUAACACAUUGGAAUUGGUAAAAGACCAAAUGGAAAAAGAGUCGCAACAAAAAGUCGAAUCGUUAAUCGAGCAACACCGAACCGAAUUAGAUUCCCAAUGGGACAACUUGAUUAGUCAAAAAAGCGAGGCUGUGAAAUUAGUUGAGGAGGAGUACAUAACUAAGUAUCAAACUUUAGAAGAACAGUUUUUAACGCAACAGAAAUCGCACCAAGCUCGAGAAAUUGAUCUGUUGAAGGUUAUUGAUAGUUUGAAGAAUGAGUUAGGGAGCAAAGAUUCCGCGUUAGACGAUAUGCAAAGUAACGUGGACACACUAGAAGGGGGAAUACAAGUACUGAAUGAAGAAAUAGCGCAACAGAAUGAUCAACUAACCAAAACGAAGAAGGAAUCCGAUCACAAAAUAAGAGGUCUUCAAGAAACCAUCACCAAACUUCACGAACAACAAGAGAAGGAAAGAGAAGCCUUCCGACUUAAACUCAUGGGGGUCCAAAAACAAUCCCAAGACACCAUCCACCACCUACAAAGGAAGUGUCAAUGUCUCACUAAAUUGUUCGAAGAAGUUAGACUUCGUUACGAAAGACGAGAAUCGCGUCAAGAAGACCUGAACAUAAUUUCGGACUUGCGUCAAGUGAUCGCCGAACAGGAAAAGGACUUGGCUUGUCUAAACGAAGAAAAAAGAUACUUCCAAAUGCGACUGAUCAGUUUGGAGAAGCGAUUGGACGGAAAUGAAUCGGCUGACGAGGAAGCAUUUGAAGAUGCCGAACAACCCAAAACCCCCAAGAAUGAAUUGCCUGAACCGCCUAGCUACCCUCCUAACGGUGUUCCACCGCCCUCUUACCCUAAUUUUCCAGCAGCUCACACACUUUCUAUACCGCCAACAAUACCAGAAUGUGAUGAAUAAUUUUUGUUAUUUUACUAAAUUUGUAACAAUUUGUAUUAUAAUGUGAUUGUAUAUUAAAGACAUCGAAAAAGUUUGAAUAGAAAAAAAAAUGGAA